CCUGACAAUUUACACAGUCUUUCGUGUGAUCCAAUCCCGGGCUGUUCACUCAGGUCCCGCUGAGAACUUACCCUCCUGUUCCUCCCAUAGCCUCGUGCUUUCAUGCUGCAUACUUAUACCCGCUUUCUCUGUCGCACUCGCUCACGUUUCUCCCGCAGGCCCCUUCGCUGCUAGCCAGCAAUUUCUUCUGCCUACUAGACUGACCUCAGUCUUCAGAGACGGUCACCUGUGAUCAAUAGCUUGUGCUCGGUAUCGCUCAUUUUUCUGAACACCAGAAUCAAUGUCUCACUUUACUAGCCACCCGUACCAUACCAUGCCAGCUAUUCAUCCCUCCCGGAAUAAUCAUCCACUCCCUCUCAGCCCACCGGAGACCGAUCAAGAAUCCUUAUAUGCUCAAUUGCCACCAGCUUCUCUUGUCGCCGGCGCAGAGCUGGAACAGCUGGCGCAUUCUGCUUCGGGUUUUCCUGAGCGUUCUAAAAUACAAUCUCGUAGAACGUCCACACUGUCAUACCAGAACUCGGGAGUGCGAGAUAACCGCGACCGAACCCUUUCACGGGGCUCAAAGUCGUUGAUCGUUGUUCUUCCUCCACCAGACUUUCCCCUGGAUCAUGGUCAACUAGGCAACGUCCUAUCAAUGGGACCUCGUCAUCGUUUAUCUCAAGGGAUCCUCAUGCCCCUAUUCCCUACGAUGUACGGGCAACUCACUGCAAUCGCGCGGGAGUUCAAUUUCCCAAGCACUGUGGGCUUGUGCCUCUAUCACCAUAUCACUGAAAAUGGUAUCACCAUGACGCCGCGCAUCUCUGACGAUGCUUGGCAGUACCUAUGGGCGCAUCUCAUUGAGUCGCGGAAUGGCUCCCAGCAACUACCCAUUGGUGGCCGCGUAGAAUUCGACAUUGACCUCAAUAAAGCUCGCUGGUUCGAUGCCUGGCUUGCUGGCACACUGCGUGACGACACCAUGAUUGUUCCUGCUCCGCAGUCUCAUGCAUCUAUACUGCACUUGCAUGGAGAUAGUAAGACUACGUUUGCAGAGGAACCUGUCGCAAAUGAAGACCGCUGGGAUAAUCAGACUACUCAGUCAAACUCAAGGCCUACAACUGUCCGUCACGUACCCAAGAAACUUUCCCUCGUCGACCGGCUAGACUCUACUGCGCUUCAGGCUUCAUACAAAGCAUCGCAGGCAACUUCUCCACCUCCAAACCGUGUUGCGCAUCAAUUGUCUCCUAUCCCACAAUCUGCGGCCCCGCAGACGUCGAAAGUCGAGCUUCGUCGGCGCGUCAAUUCAUGGAGAGCGAGCGCGUUCUUGGAUCCCGCGUCGAUGACAGAGUCCUACCAGCCCGUCCCUAACGCUACAUCGGGUGCUGGGGCGAUUGAGGCUACGGAUGAGUACCCCUUGGAUGGAGAGGUGGAGGCAGAAGCCCAAGAGCUUUUGAAUUUGGCAGAUUUUGCCUGGUCCGUCACAUCCGCCGGGCCACUUAGUCCGCCUCUGGAUUCUCCAUUGUCUUCCUACCGUCUUCCCUCUGUUCAUCUUGACCGUCGCAUGGAGGGAUCUGUGCUAUUGACACCGGUUACAGCAACUAGCUGGGGACCUCCAGAUGAUGAUUGGCUUUCGGACGUGUCGAGUAUAGAUCGUUUACCUUCGCCUGACAUUGGUAGACGUAUGCUCGAGAGCGCACCCUUGACCCCCGCAACGGCCACUAGCUGGGGGCCUGCUGACGAUUGGAGGUCAGAUGUGUCCAGCAUCGAUCGCUUGCCAUCCCCAGACAUUGCUCACCGAAUGCUGGAAGACGCUUCAGUGACUCCAGCCUCUGGAGCUCCCUGGCACAAGGUCUGGCCAUGGUUCCAGGUUAGAAACGUAUCCAAGUCAUACAGUCCAUGGGCGGGCAUGUCUGCUUCAUCGUCGUCAUGGUUCGACGUUACGGAGGCAGCGACACUUCCACCGACUACUUCUUAUAGUCCUUGGACUGGAAUGCCAUGGGUUCAAGUUUGGCCUUGGUCCGAACUCGACAGUGCAGAGUCUAGGGCUUCCUAUAGCCCCUGGGCUAUCGUGCCUGCCAUCAGGACGUGGCCUUGGUUCGAUAUUCACGCUUCCCAGGACAAGGAGCGCAACACAUCUUUAAGUCCUUGGGCUGGCAUGCCCUGGUUUAACGUUGGACCGUGGCAUGAAGUAAACGCUGCGCAACCUCGCAAUUCCGUAGUCAUUUCGCUCUCUAGACCAGGAGGGUUGAAACAUGAAUAUCCCAGUCUAGAUAUCUACCCUGCUGCCUAUCCUUAUUUCGAUAUUUAUCCUGCGUACGCAGAGGCGAACAGCGGCCUCAGCAGCGCUGGAGGUUAUCCUAUACUUGAAAUUUAUCCUGCAGUCUACCCCCAUUUUAACUUAUAUCCUUCGAUUACCUGCCCAACUAUUUCUUCUCCCGAAAAGCCGGCCACCCCUCAGCCACAAAAAUCUGUCAUCGUUGAACUUGAAACAUCUUACCCCCUGUUUAAUCUUUAUCCGCCUCUUUAUCCAUAUAAUCUCAAUUCGAUUUAUCCAGCACCGAAUGUCGAAAUUUCUUCGUCUGUACUGCUUCCGAGUAGUUAUCCGUGGUUGACUAUUUAUCCUUCCGUGUAUCCUCAUGUGAACCCAUAUCCACAAGCAAGUGCUGAGGUGACCAGACCCCGGGAAGCAAAAGAUGAGAUUGCGCAGCCGGUUCAAGUGACGCUUCAGCCCCAAUAUCCCAUUCUUGAUAUUUAUCCAGCAGGCUAUCCAUGGAGCCUGGAUAAAGUAUAUCCCCCAACCAAAGUCCAGGAUGCUUCUGAAAUCGCUGUCCGCUUGCCAUCGUGCUACCCAUGGUUAGACAUAUAUCCCUCUGUUUACCCUUUUGUUGAGCCAUACCCGACGCUGAACAAGACAUGUGAAAGCCCUAGAAGCAGAUCUCAGACCAGCCUCAAGUCCGAAUUUGUGAAAGUUACCUUGGAUAGGUAUUAUCCGUCAUUCGAUUUAUAUCCCACAGCAUAUCCACACUUUGACUUGUAUCCUGCCUUGCCGAACAUCAGGCCUGGAGGUUUGCAACAAGAGGAGUCUGCCAAGAUCAUUGUCGAUAGCGUAUCAGUUGACCUUGCAGGCACUUACCCAUACAUUUGCCCUUAUCCUCCCGCUUAUCCUCACUUCGACUUGUAUCCGCGAGUUCAGAAACAUGCGUCCAGUGGUGGUGAGGAAAUGACGACCAGCAAGUUGUUCGCUUCGAGUAGCAGGUACCCCUUCCUGGUCAUUUAUGCUCCUGUGUAUCCUCACUUUGAUUUAUAUCCCCCGCGCGCGGCAGAACCAGCAGGUCGGGAGAAGGAUGGGAGUAGUAACAAGCUCUUCGUUUCGAGUAGUACAUACCCCUUCUUGGUCAUUUAUGCUCCUGUGUAUCCUCACUUCGCUUUAUAUCCACCGCGCGCGGCAGAACCAGCGAGUCGAGAGGAGGACACGACUGACGACAAGUUCUUCGUUUCGGCGUACCCCUUCCUUGUCGUUUAUCCUUCAGUGUACCCCCACUUCGAUCUGUAUCCGGCGCGCGCGGCAGAACCAACGAGUCAGGAGGAAGAUAUGACCAACAGCAAUUUUUCCAUUUCGGCGUACCCAUUCCUUGUCGUUUAUCCUCAUGUGUACCCCCACUUCAAUCUGUAUCCCUCACAUGCGGCAGAAUUAGCCACUCGGGAGGAAGACAUGACCAACGUCAAGCUCUUCGUUUCGAGUAGCACGUACCCCUUCCUGGUCAUUUAUCCUCAUGUAUAUCCUCACUUCAAGUUGUAUCCCACCCGCGCGGCAGAACCAGUGACUCGGGAAGAAUCAAAGAUUCCUAUUGUAACUGGUAAUUCAUAUCCCCAUCUCGUUAUCUACCCACCUGUGUAUCCCUACUUUGAUCUGUAUCCCGGUAUCCCCCCGAGAAUUGAUGCCCCUACUGCAAGCGGCAAAUCGUUUGUUAGAAUGGAUCACGGCUACCCAGUCUUGAACAUCUACCCUACUGUCUACCCGCACUUUGAUAUUUACCCUGCAUUUAACAACGUAGCGCAGCCACUUCAGAAGGUGUCCAAUACGCCAGUUCGCCCAUCAUCUGCAAGAAGACACGGGAAGACGCAUGCUGAACUACAUGCCGAGGUUAGGCAUUCUUUGGCUCGGAGAAAGCUGGCGAAAACACACCGUCAGUUGCAUGCUGAGGUUUUUGUCAAUGGAGUCACUUGGACACCUAGCGGUUAUGUGCAAGACCUAGCACUUCCCGACAAGCCACAUGAAGAGCCCUCUGGUGGCCCGCGGCGUCGAAUGCCUUCCAUACAUGAAGUAAUGCCUCGACUGCCGCGUUCUCGCUCGGUGACCCUAUCUAACCAGCAAUCAUCGAAUGGUCCAUCACUACGAGAGAGACAACAGCACGUGUUGCACAACACACCUCCUAUUCCCCCUCUGCGCAUCAGCAGUCCAGGGGUGCCAGCUGUCUCGGAGUUCCCAAUUCCCAUAUCACCGCCUGCAUCACCUACUUCACGCCUGUCACAAGCAGUGAGAUCCUUUGGGUCAUCAAUAAUACAGGGGCGUCAUUUGACAUCGACCUCCGACGAUCACAACGAGAGGGCGAAGUCUCCCACAAGGUCUAUGUUCCCUUCCUUUGAUCGACGCAGCUCUAUGAUUCCAUCACUACCUCCCCGUGAUCCGUCAGACCUCUUGGGACGCAGUCGGUCGCCUGUCCAACAGGGCGCUCAAAGCCUUGUUUUGCAAAGGGCUAGAGCAUACGAACAAUCGACCACUUCAUCCAGACACCACUCUCACAGCAUGAGAGGCACGCAAUUAUCAUUGCCCUCAUUGCCCUCACUGCUUCCUCUUCCUGAUUUCUCCCCUGUAAAUGAGGGUGUGAAAACUGAUAGGUCAAGUCUCUUAAAGAAUCCCACUCCUUAGACCUCGUCUUCCGUUGUACAUGUAUUGUAUUGCUACAAA